GGCGCGGGCGCGCUCCUCGGGGCGGUAAGCGCGCCCCAGGCCUGGCCUGGCUGCUCGGGAGCGCGCUCCGGAGGCCCGCCCUGUCUUCGUCCGGCGGGACCGCUCCCGACGCGGCGGCCAGCACUAGCCAGACCAGGCAAGCAAGUCACCACUUAGAGGACUCAGCAGAUGAAUAAGGAAUUCAUCUUAUUACCAGCGGCAUUCAAACAUUUGUGAAAUUUAAGAAUUGUAACUGCAGUUCUGAGUCGUGGAUCUUCAAAGAAAGUAGAGAAGAUUUCAAGAUUUACAAAGGUGCAGGUUUGUGCAGAUUUGAAGACGUAUCUUAUGAACUUGUAAAACAGACGUGUUUGAGAUGUGGUGGUUUCAGCAAGGUCUCAGUUUCCUUCCUUCUGCCCUAGUAAUUUGGACAGCUGCUGCUUUCAUAUUUUCGUACAUUAUUGCUAUAACACUCCACCAUGUUGACCCUGCUUUGCCUUAUAUCAGUGACACCGGUACACUGCCUCCAGAAAAAUGCUUGUUUGGGGCAAUGUUAAAUAUCGCUGCAGUUUUAUGCAUUGCUACAAUUUAUGUUCGUUAUAAGCAAGUUCAUGCUCUGAAUCCUGAAGAGAAUCGUAUCAUCAGAAUAAACAAGGCUGGCCUUGUACUUGGAUUACUGAGUUGUUUUGGACUUUCUAUCGUGGCAAACUUCCAGAAAACAGACUUUUUUCCUGUACACAUAUGUGGAGCUGUGCUCACCUUUGGUAUGGGCUCGUUAUAUAUGUUGGUUCAGACCAUCCUUUCCUACCAAAUGCAGCCCAAAAUUCAUGGCAAACAAGUCUUCUGGAUUAGACUAUUGCUGGUUAUCUGGUGUGGAGUAAGUGCAUUUAGCAUGCUGACUUCCUCAUCAUUGUUGCACAGUGGCAAUUAUGGCAAAGAUGUAGACCAGAAACUCCAUUGGAACCCCGAGGACAAAGGUUAUGUGCUUCACAUGAUCACCACUGCAGCAGAAUGGUCUUUGUCAUUCUCCUUCUUUGGUUUUUUCUUGACUUACAUCCGUGAUUUUCAGAAAAUUUCUUUACAAGUGGAAGCCAAUUUACAUGGAUUAACCCUCUAUGACACUGCUCCUUGCCCUGUUAACAAUGAACGAACACGGCUACUUUCCAGAGAUUUAUGAUGAAGGGAUAAAACAUUUCUGUGAUGAUUAUGAUUCUCAGGGAUUGGGGAAAAUGUUCAUGAAAGUUACUUACUCUGCUCUGAAAUUUUCAACCAGUUAAUCAAGGCUGACAGUGACUUUGAUGAACACUGAUAAACAAGAGACAUAAAUAAAGCCGUUUGAUAAGUUAUUUUAAAGGAUAUCAUCAAGAAGAGCAUGGGAAAACAUUUAUGCCUAUACUUGUUUUUAAUCCCAGAAAAUAAAACCAAAGGACUACAACAUUGUAGAUUUUUUUCCUACUUAUGAGAAAUAACCAGAAGUGUACCAAGCAGUCUACAAAAUCCAGCCUUUCAUAUUUUCUAAAUCAUCGUAAAGCGUGUUUUGUUUGGAGCACUUUUAUAAGAGACAUUUUCCAGGACCCCGGAUACUCAGCAUUGCUCAGCAGCUCCUUUAGAAUUGGGUUUUGAAGUAAUAGUUUUACCAUAUCACUACAUUUCUUACAGUCUUUAUAAAAUUUUUUUCUUCUGGAAUCCACUUAUUAAGGGGAGCAGAUCUGAAUUCAUGUAAGCACUUUCAUUGCUUAGGCUUUGCACAAGUGAUUCUGCAGGUGUUGAUUUAAUUCCUGCCAUAAGGCCAAAUACUAUGCCAACUAGUCUGUCACACAUCCUUGCAAGAGGUUCAUGAAGCUUAGUCUCUGAAAUGGGAUUUUAAUCACUUCAUGCAUGAGAGAAGUAGCUAUAGUGAUUGGAUAGCUUCUACUUGGAUCCAUAUCUGUGCAGAUAAAGAAUGGUUUACAGAUCCCAGAGAAAAUUCAAAAGAAGAAAAUGAUCAUCCAGAAGGUUCCCAGUGACUGGUUCUCAAAAGAAUCUUUGAAGAAGAUUAACAGGGUUUAUCAUUUUAGAAGAAAUGAUCCUAUGGCCAAAAUAAAAGUUGGUGACAAGUUUAACGUAUAAGAGGGAGCACUUUAAAAGAAAAUGGUUAUCUGGUGGAAUUAGAAAUCUCAAUUAGGAAUAAGUUUCUAGAUAUAAGACUGUGUAAAUAAUACUGCUGAAGACUUCUGGGCUAAUAAGACAGAAAGUGGAAUAAAAUACUAUUUACAUAGGUCACACAGUAGUGACCAUGGGAGAUACUUCAAUAAAUACCGAUGCAUUGAAAUUUGACAUCACUAGAAAAAUAUUUGGAUACAAGCCAUGAAAAAUUUCUUUCAUGCCUCUGAAAAUCAUAGUGCAACCACACCUGAGAAACACUGGUGGGUCCUGACUCCUGUGCAUCAAGGAAGCUGAAAUUCAAGUUGUGAAGGACCACAUAUGGUGAGAGGGGGAUUGAUAGAAUCAAAGUUUAUAAAUUACAUGUGGGGAGGAUGACACAGGAAGAACUUGGACUUACAGGUUUGUACUAGAAUAUUAGGUUUAGAAAUAUGCACUAACACAUUAAAUUCUUAUAAAACAAAAAGUUACUUCAAUAGUAUUUUAAUCCCAUUAUGUAACUUUUAAACAUAACAGAGGGUGAAAAUGUUAAUUCAAAAAGGCAUUAUAAAUAGAUUUUUGAAUGUGUGUUUAUCCCUCACUUACACUGAAGUAAUGGAAGAGAACCACACCCUCCCUUAAAAUAUGACUUGCCUCCAAUGUCAGUACAGAAGCUUGUAUAAACAGAUAAGGCAUUCCUCUUCAAUUCAGUCAAUGUUCCUGUAUUGAAUAUUUAGCUUUAAGGAUAGAAAGUUUUUAAGCUGACAAAAUUAACAGAUUCUAUGAACUGAAUGUAUUUCUUUUUUGUUCUGGAUACACAGCAAAACUGCAUUUCCCAGCCUCCCUUUCAAUUAAGAAUUGCAUGAGACUGAAUAUUAGCCACUGAAAUCAAAAGAAAAGAAAAAGAAAACAAAUUGAAUAGAUGGACCAGCAAAGACUGAAAUACAAUUGAAAUUACAUCAGUUUCCCCUAGAAGCAAACUAUGAAGCACUUUAUAGUCCAUAAACUAAGCAGGUGGAGAAACUUGUGUGGUGGAGAAACUUGUGUUCCUGAAGAAUGAGGUUGGCCCAGCUGGGCGGGGCUUAGUGUAACAGCUCCGUUCUCCACUAGAUGGCACUUCUAGCCUACUGCGGUGGAUUGUUGUGUCGCAUGUAAGUAUGUUUGUGCAUGUGUGGGAGGGGUGAGAAUGGUGUCACCCAGCUACCCAGUCUCUAGUAUCAGAAAUCUGUUCUCCCUGAUCAGCAAUCCCGCACACAUCCUUUGUCUCCAGCUUCCAACCACACUCCACUUUUAGACUGUGACCAAGCCGCCAGGUUACUAGGCGGCACCUCCCUCCUGAGUUUUAUCUCAAAUGCGGCUGUGUCCCGACCCCUCACUUCUGAAGGACUGCGUCUUUGACCCACUCAGACUUUCUUGGGGAGGGUCUCACCGAGAAAUGGCUGGGUGCUGGCCCACCCCCAGAGACGUUUGGGAGACUGCAUCGCUGCUGAUGCCCAGAGACCACGGCUGGGUGCCAGCCCGCCCCAGAAAAAGUUCACACGAUCAUGUAGCAGCAGCAUUUCAGGGAUUAUGAAAAAUCACAACACAUAUCUAGCACCAGGCUUCACCCUUAAUGACCUUGUUCCAGCACCAGUGAAUGUGGUUGUUCUCUGGGGUCUGCUGGAACUUUGCCUGUGGGGUGUCUGCAUAGCCUCUACCAGAUGUCCUCCCAGCAGGGGAACUGCCUCUUCUCUGUGGCCCAAGGACCUCCCGACCUCACUCUGCUCCUGGGGAUUCCCCCUUCCUACCAGAACACCAUCAGUGGAAAGUUGAAAACUUUUCAUCAAAAUAAGGAACCAGAUUCUUACUGAUGUCCUCCACUAUUUUCUCAAGUCAGGUGAGUAUUUAUGAUCAUUACUUUAAAGUAUCUGUCAGGCAUACUAUUUAUCUUCAUUUCCCUUAGUGUCUUGCUGUAAUUUUGUCCCAUUCUUUCACUGGGGACAUAUUCCUCUGUGUCCUCAUUUUCUUUAAUGCCAUGUCUGUUCCUGUAUGUUAGGAAAUCCAGUUAUGUCUCCUGCUCUCGAAAGCAGUGCCCUUAUGAAGAAGAGAUUCUGUAGUGCUCUGCAUUGAAGUGUCCUUUGUUCAGUGGAGUCUGGCACUUUGUGGGUGUCUCCUAUGUGUGUUGUGUGCCCCCGUACUAUUGUGGCUUAGCUGCUUUUUCUUUCAGUACAGUCGUCAGCAGUUCUCUUUGCUUGUUCUGGGCAGUGUCUGGUCCCUGUAGUGUUAGUGGGCCAAUUUGGGGCUGCCUUGGACUUGAGUUGAGUCAGACGGGCAUUUGUCAGAUAAUGCAGUAGCACCAAAUUGCCAACGUGCUUUCCCUGUGUUGUAACCUGUUUUCAUUGGAGGGCACAGAAUGAAGUCAGCCCAAGUGUCUACCCUGUGUCCUUUGCCAUGAUCAAAGUCUAACUAGUGUGUGUGGUUAUCUUUCUCUCUCCCCAGGUCAGGAAUCACUUUGGAGUGGUGCCAGCCUCUGUUGGGGCUGUUUAUACACUGCCAGAUUUAAUUGGCUUUCUUUCUCCUUUUCUGAGUGUGGAAUUGUAGACUUCACUUUCUUCUCUUAAAACAGUUUCAGGUGUACAAUAUGGUGAUGCUUCACUUCCAUACAACACCCAGUCCUCAACAUAAGUGUACACCUUAAUCCCCAUCACCUAUUUCACCCAUCCCUACACCACCUCCCCACUGGAUACAAAGAUCUAUGGGAACUUUAAAAACUAAUUGGCUGGUUCUGCCCUGCAGCCAGGCUGCAGGCCUGUGAGGCUCCUCACUGCCGCAGGGCUACUUCAACGAACAAAUCAAAGCACACCUGGUAGAGGGCCCAAAACAUCACUACGAGUAGGGAGAAAAAGCAACCAGAGUUCAAACAAGAGAGAGCACAUAACACAUUCCAAAAACAUCUCCUGAAGGGCCAGGUCCUUGACAGUGUAUGACCCCUCUUUAAUAUAGUAGUGCUCGCACAUAACAAGCUUUUAAAACACAUAAGGGACAGAAAACUAACCAAAAUGAUGAAACAGAAGAAUUCUCCUCAAAAGAAAUUCCAAGAAGAAAUGACAGCUAAAGAAUUGAUCAAAACAGAUAUAAACAAUAUAUCUGUUCAAGAAUUUAGAAUAAUAGUCAUAAGAUUAAUCACUGGGCUUGAAAAAAACAUAGAACACAACAGAGAAUCUAUUCUUGCAGAGAUCAAGAAACCAUGAAUUAAAAAAUGUUGUAAAUGAGGUGCAAAAUAAACUAGAUGUGGUGGCAGCAAGGAUUGGAGAGGCAGAGGAGGAUAAUAAGUGAAAUAGAAGAUAAAACUAUGGAAAAAGGUGAAGCUGGGAAAAGAGACAAAAAAAUUCUAGAGCAUGAGGAGAGACUUAGAGAACUAAGUGAUUCAAUGAAACAUAAUAAUAUCUGUAUCAUAGGAGUCCCAGAAGAAGAAGGAGAGAAAGGGGUGGAAGGUGUACUUGAACAAAUCAUAGCUGAGAACUUCCCCAAUCUGGGGAAAGAAACAGACAUUGAAAUCCAGGAGGCAGAGAGAACUCCCUUCAGACAUAACAAGAAUCAAUUUUCUGCAUGGCAUGUCAUAGUGAAACUGACAAAAUACAAAGGUAAAGAGAGAAUUCUGAAAGCAGCUAGGGACAAAUGGGCCUUAACCUACAUGGGUAGACACAUAAGGGUAGUAGCAGACCUAUCUUCUGAAACUCGGCAGGCCAGAAGGGAGUGGCAGGAAAUAUUCAAUAUGCUGAAUAGGAAAAUAUGCAGCCAAGAAUCCUUUAUCCAUCAAGCCUGUCAUUCAGAAUAGAAGGAGAGAUAAAGGUUUUUCCAGACAAACAAAAACUGAAGGAGUUCAUCACCACUAAAUCAGCCCUACAGGAGAUCCUAAGGGGGACUCUGUGAGUGGAAUGUUGCAAAGACCACAAAGGGACAGAGACAUCACUACAAGCAUGAAACCUACAGAUAACACAAUGAAACUAAAUCCAUAUCUUUCAAUAAUAACGCUGAAUGUAAAUGGACUAAAUGUUCCAAUCAAAAGACUUAGGGUAUCAGAAUGGAUUAAAAAACAAGACCCAUCUAUUUGCUGUCUACAAGAGACCCAUUUUAGACCUGAGAACACCUUUACACUGAAAGUUAGGGGAUGGAGAAUCAUCUAUCAUGCUACUGGAAGUCAAAAGAAAGCUGGAGUAGCCAUACUUAUAUCAGACAAACUAGAUUUUAAAGUAAAGACUGUAACAAAAGAUGAAGAAGGACAUUAUAUCAUAAUUAUGGGGUCUAUCCAUCAAGAACUAAACGAUAAAUGAUUAUGCAUCCAAUUUGAAAGCACCCAAAUAUAUAAAACAAUUACAAACAUAAGCAAUCUUAUUGAUAAGAACACAGUAAUUUCAUGUGACUUUAAUACUUCACUUACAACAAUGGACAGAUCAUCUAGGCAGAAAUAUUAAUAAACAAUGGCCCUGAAUGGACCAGAUGUAGUUGACAGAUAUAUGCAGAACUUUUCAUCCAAAAGCAGCAAAAUACACAUUCUUCUAGAGUGCACAUGGAACAUUCUCCAACAUAGAUCACAUACUGGGUCACAAAACAGCCCUCAAUAAAUAUAAAAGAACUGAGAUCAUACCAUGCACAUUUUCAGAUCACAAUGCUAUGAAACUUGAAAUCAACCACACGAAAAUACUUGGAAAACCUCCAAAUGCAUGGAGGUUAAAGAAAAUCCUACUAAAGCAUGAAUGGGUCAACCAGGCAAUUAAAUAAGAGAUUUAAAAGUAUAUGGAAAAAUAUGAAAAUGAAAACAUGACAGUCCAAACCCCUUGGAAUGCAGCAAAGGCAGUUCUAAGAGGAAAAUACAUUGCAACCCAGGCCUAUCUCAAAAACAAGAAAAAUCCCAAAUAUAAACUCUAAUAGCACACUUAAGGAACUAGAAGCAGAGCAGCAAAGGAGCCCCAAGAACAGCAGAAGAAGAGAAAUAAUAAGGAUUAGAGCAGAAAUAAACAAUAUAGAAUCCUCCCCACCAAAAAAACACAAAAAACAAAACAAACAAACAAACAAACAAAAACAGUAGUACAGAUCAUUGAAACUAAGAGCUGGUUUUUAAAAAAAAAUCAACAAAAUUGAUAAACACCUGGCCAGACUUCUCAAAAAGAAAAGAAAGAGUACCCAAAUAGAUAAAUCACAAAUGAAAAUGGAUUUAUUACAACCAAUCCCUCAGAAAUACAAGCAAUUAUCAGGGAAUGCUGUGAAAAAUUAUAUGCAAACAAACUGGACAACCUGGAAGAAAUGGACAAAUUCCUGGACACCCACACACUACCAAAACUCAAACAGGAAGAAGUAGAAAAUUUGAACAAACCCAUAACUAGUGAAGAAAUUGAAUCAGUUGUCAAAAAAUCUCCCAACAAAUAAGAGUCCUGGGCCAGAUGGCUUCCCAGGGAAGUUCUACCAGACAUUUAUAACAGAGUUAAUACCUACACUUCUCAAGCUUCUCUUCCAAAAAAUACAAACAGAAGGAAAGCUACCAGACUCAUUCUAUGAAUCCAGCAUUGCCUUGAUUCCCAAACUAGACAGAGACCCCACAAAAAAGAGAAUUACAGGCCAAUAUCCCUGAUGAACAUGGAUGCAAAACUUUUCAACAAGAUACUAGCAAAUCAAAUUCAACAGUGUCUAAAAAUAAUUAUUCACCAUGAUCAAGUGGGAUUCAUUCCUGGGCUGCAGGGCUGGUUCAAUAUUUGCAAAUCAAUCAAUGUAACACAUCAUAUUAAUAAAAGAAAGGAUAAGAACCAUAUCCUGUCAAUAGAUGCAAAAAAAAAAAAAAAGCAUUUGAUAAAAUACAGCUUCCUUAAUAAAAACCCUCAAGAAAGUCAGGAUAAAGGAACAUACCUAAACAUCAUAAAAGCCAUUUAUGAAAAGCUCACAGCUAAUAUCAUCCUUCAUGGGAAAAACUGAGAGCUUUCCCCUGAGAUCAGGAAUACUGCAGGGAUGUCCACUCUCACCACUAUUGUUUAACAUAGUGUUGGAAGUCCUAGCAUCAGCAAUAUGACAACAAAAUGAAAUAACAGGAAUCCAAAUUGGCAAAGAAUAAGUCAAAUUUUCACUUUUUGCAGACGACAUGAUACUCUGCAUGGAAAACCCAAAGACUCCACCAAAAAGCUGGUAGAACCGAUACAUGAAUUCAGCAAAUUUGCAGGAUACAAAAUCAAUGUACAGAAAUUGGUUGCCUUUCUAUACACCAAUAAUGAAGCAACAGAAAGAGAAAUAAAGAAACUGAUCCCAUUCACAAUUGCACCAAGAACCAUAAAAUACCUACGAAUAAAGCUAACCAAAGAUGUAAAAGAUCUGUAUGCUGAAAACUAUAGAAAACUUAUGAAGGAAAUUGAAGAAGACACAAAGAAAUGAAAAAACAUUCCAUGCUCAUGGAUUGGAAGAGUAAAUAUUGUUAAAAUGUCAAUACUACCCAAAGCAGUCUACACAUUCAGUGCAAUCCAAAUCACAAUUGCACUAGCAUUCUUCUUAAGGCUGAAAAAACAAUUCUAAAAUUUGUAUGGAACCACAAAAGACCCCGAAUAGCCAAACUGAUGUUGAAAAAGAAAACCAAAGUGGCAGGUAUCACGAUCCCAGACUUUAGCCUCUACUACAAAGCUGUAGUCAUCAAGACAGUGUGGUAUUGGCACAAAAGCAGACACCAAGACCAGAGAAUCCAGAAUUGGACCCACAAAUGUAUAGCCAACUAAUCUUUAACAAAGCAGGAAAGAGUAUCCAAUGGAAAAAACACAGCCUCUUUAACAAAUGGUGCUGGGAGAACUGGACAGCAACAUGCAGAAGAAUGAAACUAGACCACUUUCUUACACCAUACACAAAAAUAAACUCAAAAUGGAUGAAAGACCUAAAGGUGAGACAGGAAACCAUAAAAACCCUAGGGGAUAAAACAGGCAACAACCUCUUUGACCUCAACCGCAGCGAUUUCUUGCUCGACACAUCUCCAAAGGCAAGGGAAUUAAAAGCAAAAAUGAACUAUUGGGACCUCAUAAAAAUAAAAAUCUUCUGCAUUGCAAAGUAAACAAUCAAUAAUACUAAAAAGUAACCAACAGAAUGGGAAAAGAUAUUUGCAGGUGACAUAUCAGAUUUUAAAGGGUUAGUAUGCAAAAUUUUCAACACCUGAAAAACAAAUAAUCUAGUGAAGAAAUGGGCAGAAGACAUGAAUAGACACUUUUCCAAAGAAGACAUCCAGAUGGCCAAUAGACACAUGAAAAGAUGCUCAGCGUCGCUCCUCAUCAGGGAAAUACAAAUCAAAACCACACUGAGAUACCAGUCAGAGUGGCCAAAAUGAACCAAUCAGGAAACAACAGAUGCUGGCAAGGAUGUGGAAAAAUGGGAACCCUCUUGCACUGCUGGUGGGAAUGCAAACUGGUGCAGCCACUCUGGAGAAGUGUGGGGGUUCCUCAAAAAAUUAAAAAUAGGACUAUCCUACGAUCCAGCAAUAGCACUACUUGGAAUUUAUCCAAAGGAUAGAGAAGUGCUGAUUCAUAGGGGCACAUUAACUCCAAUGUUUAUGGCAGCACUUUCAGCAAUAGCCAAAUUAUGGAAAUAGCCUAAAUGUCCAUCAACUGAUGAAUAGAUAAAGAAGAUGUGGCUUAUAUAUACAAUGGAAUACUACUUGGCAAUGAGAAAGAAUGAAAUCCUGCCAUUUGCAGCAAGGUAGAUGGAACUGGAGGACAUUAUGCUAAGUGAAGUAAGUAAGUCAGUCAGAGAGACAAAUAUCAUGUUUUCACUCAUAUGGAACUCGUGAAACUUAACAGAAGACCAUGGGGGAAGGAAGGGGAAAAAAUAGUUACAAACAGGGAGUGAGGCAAACCAUAUGAUACUCUUAAAUACAAAGAACAAACUGAAGGUUGAUGGGAGAGGUAGGGGAGAGGGGAAAAUGGGUUGUGGGCAUUGAGGAGGGUACUUGUUGGGAUGAGCUCUGGGUGUUGUAUGCAAGCAAUGUAUCAUGGGAAUCUACCCACAAAACCUAGAGCACACUGUACACACUGUAUGUUAGUCAAUAAAGCAUAUUAAAAAUAAAUAAAGAAAAAAUAAGAAAACAAGAAAGAAAUAUAUAAAAAUAAAUAUAAAUAAAAUAAAAAAUAAAUAAAAAUAAA